AUGGAAAACUUCUCUAAUACCUCCUUUUUUUCUUCUUCGUCUUCAUUUUCAUCAUCAUCAUCUUUGAAACCCUUGAAAAAGUACGAUGUGUUCUUGAGCUUUAGAGGUGAAGAUACACGCCUUACUUUUACAGGUCACCUCUAUGAUGCGUUAAAGGAAAAAGGAUUAUUGUACAUCUUCAAAGAUGAAGACAAACUGGAGAAAGGCAAAUAUAUUGCCCAAGAACUAAUGGAAACCAUCGAAAAUUCGAGGUUUGCCAUCGUAGUUCUUUCACAAAACUAUGCUUCUUCGACUUGGUGUUUGAGGGAACUCUCCAAAAUCGUUGAAUGCAUGGGAGGCUCAUUCUCAGGCACAGGCUCAGACUCAGGCUCAGGCUCAGGCUCAGGACGUAUUCUACCAAUUUUCUACCAUGUGGAUCCAUCUCAUGUACGGAAACAUAUUGGAAGCUAUGGAGAUGCAUUCAAGAAACAUGAACAAAAUAGUAGUGGCCUCCUCAACUUUCAAGAUGUGCAAACUUGGAGAGAUGCGUUAAAAAAAGUCGGCAAUAUAACAGGCUGGCAUGUGCAAGAUAAAAUUACUUUUAAAGUUGUUGCUCGAAUUAAUUCUUUAAGGGAUGAAGCAAAAUUUAUACGAGAGUUCACGGACGAUGUUCGGAAAAAAGUUGGUCCAGGAAUGAUAAAAAGUUUAGAAGACCUGUUUGGAAUGGAUUCACGAAUAAAGGAACUUGAUUCAUGUGUACUUAAUAAGAAAACUCGGAGAGAUGUUCAUUUUAUUGGAAUUUACGGCAUUGGAGGAAUUGGCAAGACAACUCUUGCCAGAGCUUAUUACAAAUGGAUGUCCGAUAAAUUUAAUGGUAACAGCUGUUUUCUUAGAGACGUUGGAGAAGCAUGCGAAAAGAAGGGUCUUGAGCAUUUGCAAAAUCAACUUCUUUCGCAAAUUUUAGGAGAAGAGAGGGAAAUAAUGGAUGUUGAGAGCGGAAAAGAAAUGAUAAGAGAUGCAUUAUGGGGUAAAAAGGUUCUUAUCGUUCUUGAUGAUGUGAACAAACCCAAAGAGCUGCAAGCAUUAGCCGAUAACACCAAAUGGUUCGGUGGAGGGAGUGUAAUCAUAAUAACGACCAGAAAUGAAAGUUUGCUAAGAAAAACUUACAAAGAAAUUACCAUGUAUAAAGUUGAGCAAUUAAGCAAUAAGGACGCUCUUCGACUAUUCUGUUGGAAAGCCUUCAAAAGGAGUGAACCUUUGGAGGAUUAUAAGGAGCUAUCUAAAGAAGCAAUAACAUAUGCCAAAAACAUUCCAUUGGCUCUUGAAGUACUGGGUUCCCAUUUAUAUGGUAAAACUAUAGACGGUUGGAGAAGUGCUAUCGAUACACUAAAAGAGUACCCAACCAAGUGGGACAUCGUCGAAGGCAUAAUUCAAAUAAGUUUUGAUGCACUUGAAGAACCAGUGAAAGAGAUUUUGUUAGACAUUGCAUGUUUCUUCAAUGGGUGCGAAAAGGAGCACGUUAUACAAUUUCUGGAUAGCCACGAAUUCUCUCCAAAAAAUGGGAUAAGACUUCUCAAGGAUAAGUGUCUCUUGAGCACUCAACAUGGCAAUAAACUCUGGAUGCACGAUUUAGUACAAAAGAUGGGCAAGAAAUUCAUUCGAACAAAAUCCGAGAAUCAGAUAGAAAGACAAAGUAGGAUAUGGAAUGAGGAGGAUUUUCAUCAUAUCUUGGAGAAUGAAACAGGAACAGAUGAAGUUAAAGCCAUCGUAACCUCUAUAGAGGGAAGCACAAAAUUGAGUUUUGAAGCCGUCUCGCAUAUGAAGAACCUAAGGCUACUGAUGAUCAGUACUUCUUGUUCAUCAAAGAAUGUUGAUCCAACACAAAACCUUGAAUUUCUUUCCAAUGAGUUGCAAGUGCUUCAGUGGGAUGGAUUCCCUUAUAAACAUUGUCCAUCAAGUUUCAGACCAAAGGGACUUGCUCAGUUGAAGUUGAUCGACAGCAAAAUUGAAAAACUUUGGACCGACCAUAGCAAGACUUUAAACAAUUUGAAAAUCAUCGACCUGAGUUGUUCGAGGAAUCUUAGUGAGUUUGAAGACUUUUCGGUGGUUCCAUAUUUGGAGAGGUUGAACCUUGAAGCUUUGCAAAUUACCAGAAGACUUUGGGGAUCUACAGAAUUUGAUUGUGCUUGA